AUGCAAAGGUUUACUCUCUCUCAAUUAUCACGACGUCAAGUUGCUACUGCAAGGUUAGUAAAACAAGUGAUUCGUUCCAUCUCUUCAACCUCUAAUAACCUGAAACCAAGGCCAACCAAUGUAAGAAAUGCGUCCGCUACCAGUGUCAAUGAUAGUCUCAAAAACAGGCCACCUAGUGUCUCGCAAAUGUCUUUCCCGUGUUUGGAGAAGUUGGAGGAACGUACCAGAGAAUUAGAAGAAAAUGGCCCUGAACCUUCGUAUUCUAAAAUCACACGUGAAAAUGUGGAGAUCUAUCAAUCCAAAGAUCCUAUUUUCUUGGAUUACGGAGGAUAUUUACCGCAAUUCGAAAUUGCCUAUGAAACGUGGGGUACACUAAAUGACGAUAAAACAAAUGCAGUUCUUCUACACACUGGUUUAUCGGCUUCAUCCCAUGCACACUCAACCUUGAAAAAUCCUAAAAAGGGCUGGUGGGAAGGGUUCAUUGGUCCAGGCAAGUACCUAGAUACUAAUAAGUAUUUUGUUAUUUGUACCAACGUCAUUGGUGGCUGUUUUGGUUCAACUGGGCCACAGUCAACUGACCCUCUGACUGGCCAACGUUAUGCCACAACAUUCCCUAUCCUGUCGGUAAAUGAUAUGGUGCGUGCACAAAAUCGGUUGGUAAAAGAACAUUUUCAAAUUGAAAAGCUACAUGCUUCGAUGGGCUCCUCAAUGGGUGGUAUGCAGUGUUUAGCCUACGCAAGUGAAUUUCCUGAUCAGGUGAAUAAAAUAAUAAGCAUAUCGGGUUGUGCAAGAUCUCAUCCAUACUCAAUUGCUAUGAGGCACUGUCAAAGACAAGUUCUGAUGACCGAUCCAAAUUGGAAUAAAGGACACUAUUAUGGUCAAUUGAUCCCCCAUACUGGUAUGAAAUUAGCCCGUGAAAUUGCUACCAUCACCUACAGAAGUGGACCUGAGUGGGAGCAACGAUUUGGAGUGGAAAGAAUGGAUCCAUCAAAGAAACCUGCGUUGUGUCCAGACUUCUUGAUUGAAACAUACCUCGAUCAUGCUGGAGAAAAGUGGUACUCAGAAUUUGAUCCAAAUUCGUUCCUUUAUAUUUCCAAAGCGAUGGAUUUGUUUGAUUUGGGUGCAAGAAAUAGGAACAAAGCUCUAAAAUCAAGACUACAAGCUGAAACUAUUUACAAUGGCGAAUAUAUUCCUGAUUCUGAAUUAGAAUAUAAGCCAAGUGAAAUCUGCGAAUUCACACAACCUAUUGAAAGAUCGAGAACCAGAAGAUUCACACCUGAGGAAUCCAAACAAGAUUUAUUACAAGGUUUGAGCAGAUUAUCAAACAAGGAUGUUCUAGUUAUUGGUGUUGAAAGCGAUAUCCUAUUCCCCGCCUGGCAACAAAGAGAAAUUGUUGAAAUGCUAAGACAAGGAGGUCAGUUAAAUGGUGGAAGCGGUAAAAAUAUCAAGCAUGUAGAGUUAAGUGAAGCUGAUAGUUUUUACGGCCAUGAUACAUUUUUAUUAGCAUUAGAUCAUAUUGGAGUACCAGUAAGCUCGUUCUUGGAUGGUUGA